AUGGCGCCGCGGAAGAUUAUCAUAGACACCGAUCCGGGAGUCGAUGACAUCCUGGCAAUGCUGCUGGCUUUCUCAGCACUACCAGAGGAGCUUCAAGUGUUACUCAUAUCUGUAACAUAUGGCAACAUUGACCUCGAAAACUGUUUACGCAAUGUCGUCUCACUAUUCCACCAUGUGGAAAAGGAGAUCGCGUGGCGAGAGAGUGUUGGACGGAGUUCCGGAUUCGAAACUCUACAGAAAUCGAAGCCUGUAGUUGCUGUGGGCCCCGACCGUCCGCUCGCGGAUGAUACGUUGAUGGCUGAUUUCUUUCGUGGUCAAGAUAGGCUUCGUGGAUUCUACUCGAGCCAUCCACAUCGAAAGCCCGCCGAGACGUGGCAGCGCCUCUUGAAAGUGGCAGAAAAGUCGUCUGCUCCUGAGCAGGGUGAAAUAGCCAGACAGAUGAGCAAAACAGCCUCUCUAUUCACACAAUCUCAAAAACCUGCACAUUUGGAGAUUUUGAAAUUAUUACGCGACAACGAACCCAACAGCAUUACGAUCGUGGCAAUCGGUCCCAUGACAAACCUCGCCCUUGCUGCAGCGGAAGAUGCGGAAACAUUCUUGAAAGUCAAGGAGAUCGUGGUCAUGGGCGGCCACAUUGACCAAGCCAGCAACGCAGGUUAUCAAUCUUUCUCACAUCUACAGCAGGCUUCGAACAUAGACGAGCCUCCUUUCAGGCUCAUCAAACAAGCGCCAGGUCCUAUUAGAGAUUUGCUGAAAAUUCGAAAUCAAAUGACGCCUGUUGCAGAAUUCAACACCUUUGCAGACUCUGUGGCGGCGGCACGAGUAUAUGCUCUCACAUCACCGAAACCGCACACCACGAUGCCUGUAGUGCCACCGACACCUCUGGGUCAGAAAGAGGGAGCACCCCCUCCAUCGUUCCUCUCCUCUUACCCAGACAAUCUUUCAAAGCGGUUGACCAUCACAUUGUUCCCACUGGACAUCACUGAGAAGCAUGUGCUCACUCGUGGCGAAUUUGAGGCAUUUCUUCAGCCACAGCUGGCUGCAAAGUCGCCUUUGGCAGAAUGGGUUUCAGUGUUUAUGAACGCAACCUUUGAGAAAGUCGAAUCUCUUCAUCCAGAGGUUUCCAGAGACGCCGUGGGACUGCAACUCCAUGAUCCGCUGACGAUAUGGUAUUGCAUGGAUGAUGACAACCCCAAAUGGAAGAUUAUUGAGGGUGAAGAUUUGAGGGUGGAGACUGCAGGCCAGUGGACAAGAGGAAUGUUUGUGACUGACAGGGGAAAUCGAAAGCGAAAGGACAACUACGGCGGUAGUGAAGUAUCCGGGGAUACUAAUAGCUCGUUGACAGGAGGGACUGGCAAUCGACUCAAUCGGUGUGUCGGAUCCCCUGGACAGGAUGUUUUCGGUCAACUACUGCUCAAACGAGUAUUUGGCAGCUGA